AUGUACAGUUUAAGGGCUCGAGGUCUCACACAGGGCGUCUCCGCGGUAUUCAGUAGCCUCGGAAUGGGUUUUGGAGGCCCGUUCGGUGGAUAUAUCAACGACAAAUUCGGGUGGCGAUGGGCCUUCCUUUUCCAACUUCCGCUAUUCUUCCUAUCGUUUGUCCUGACUUCAAUCAAUCUGAACUAUGUCACACCUGGCAAGAUGAAGAGCGCCAAGGAGGUGUUAAAGCGGAUUGAUUAUGGUGGCAGUUUCACUCUGUUGUUUGCGGUACUCUCCGUCCUCGUUUUCCUGAGUACGCGCUAUAGCGAGGAGUAUCCAUGGUCGUCGCCAGCGGUGUACAUUCCGCUGGCCCUUGCUUUUGCCUUCGCCAUCGUAUUUGUCAUCUUCGAGCUGCGGAUUGCGCCCGAGCCUGUCCUCGCGCCGUUUCUCCUCCGCCAGAAAGUUCCCAUACUCGUCGGGAUCAGCAACUUCCUGGUCGCGACAUGCAACUUUACGGUCAUGUACAACUUCCCGACGUGGUUUCAGACGGUAAUGCUCACCAGCGCAAGCGAGGCUGGUGCCCAUUUGAUCCCAAACGGUGUCUCCAUUUCUCUUGGGUCUUUGUUCGCUGGAUGGAUGAUGCAUCGCACCGGCAAGUACAAGCGCCUCAACCUCAUAUUCGGUCUUUUCCCAUUCGUCGCGGCCAUUCUUCUCAGUCUCAUGCGCGAAGACUCCCCUGCAAUCCAGCUUUGGCUGAGUAUUAUACCCCUAGGAUUUGGCAAUGCUGUAGUACUGCAGACGAUGCUUAUUGCCUUACUUGCCAACAUUCCGAAAUCUGCGAUGGCCGUAGGGACCGGGUUCGGCCAGCUCUUCCGCGGCAUCGGCCAAGUCGGUGGCGUCGCGUUCUCGUCUGCCCUUUUCCAGUCUGUGCUUAAUGCAGAACUGCGCAAACGCAUACGCUGCGACAACGCCGAGGAGAUCAUCACUAAGAUCCGGCACUCCGCUAUGCUGGUCGCACGGCUCCCACCAGAUCUCCAGCGUGCCGCCCGCGACUCGUACGCGAUUAGCUUGCGCGCAGUGUUCAUCAUGGCGGCGUGUGCGACGUUCCUUGCGUACCUCGCACGCUUGCCGAUACCCGACAAGCCUCUGGAUGACCCCCGCGCAAAGAGUAUGAGUGAUGACCAGCCUCCCAGCCAUACUGCUAUUCACGAGAGGCCGGCGUAUCGCAAUGAAGACAUACAGGAGCUUGGGGACGACGACGAAGAGGAAGAUGUCCCUGUCUCUGUACUCAAAACUCAGGGACCGCGGCCACGGCGGCUGUCGACGUAUGAGUCGCACGACGGUGGGAUGGAUUUAGAGAGCGAUACUAUAGGAGGGUCGGCGAGGGGCAGCCAUUAG